AUCGGCUUCUUGAGGCAGCCAAACCAAAGGGCGGCUAUAGCUGUAGCUGACCCGUCUCGCUGCCCUACAGGUCUCGCUGGGCGUCUCACCUCACCUCACCUCACCUCAUCUCACACCACGCCACACCAAGCACCUGGGUACUCAUUUCAUGUGCGUCGGGGCACAAUCUCCUACAGGCGCCAACUCUACCCGAACUGCGCUCGGAAACAUGGACCCUCUUGUCCAGGUGCCCUCCUCUCGUCCAGCGGGGCUCAUUAAACCCGUCCUGAAGUUGCAGUCCCCCAACUUGGAGACAAUCCGUCGAAUAGGUCGGAGGCGCCUGGAAUCAGGCGGGAUGGACCCACAUCUCAACUCCAGAGCUGCAAUUGCACCACGGUCAGACAUGAGCGGAGGCGCAAUCGCCGGGGCUGUCAUCGGCGCCAUCGUCGGGGUUGCCAUCAUAUCCAUCGUCCUAGGCUUCCUAUACUUUCGAUGGAAGCGGCGGUCUCAUGACGAAUCUACAGAUGGUGAUAAGCCAUCUAUAACUGAGCGAAGGUUAUCGUUGUCUGGACUAGACCGCUCGGCUGAGCAACCUCAAACUGCACACGACUCGGACCAUCAACAGGAUUCUCAGCCAUGGCCAGGAGACGGCCAGUUCGAUCCUGAUGGGAUGCCAUCCUGGGCGUAUAGCAUGGACUACAGCCAACAACCAUUCCCAGGUCAUGACCGAGAGUCCCCGGUCAAUGCUGGCGGCUUUCAAGCUCGCCAUCACGACCACUCCACUCGGAAUGGUGACUCCACCUCACACCCGCAGGAUCUCGAGGAUACAGUUCUUGAUACCUAUGUUCCACCAACUACUGGCCCGGAGGGUGGUGCUGCAGAUUACUAUGAUACGAACAUCAUUAUGGAGUCGGAACCAGAGGCUGAACCUACCCCGGGUGGGCCAACACGGCAGAUGACAGAGUUGUAUGAAGAGCAACUCAAGCAAGCACGCCAAAGUCGCAAGAAUAGUAAGGGCUCAACAUGGAGUCGUCUUAAACAAGGCCUAUUGCCAAAAAGAAAACGAUCCACGCGUGUCUCGGAAAUCGCCAUGGAAGAAGGUCAUCGUCAACCAUCAUCCUCGCCAACCCAUCCUGACGUCCCUAUCACUUCGAUAGAAGGCUCUAGUAACAAGGCUUUGGAAGGCGAUCAUAGCUUCGGUCCGGUCACUGAGCUCUUCGAGGAACCUCAAGAAAUAAGCGAUUCAAGCCGUGUUGAUUUGCAUGCACAUAAAAGAGCAAAGCGGCGUGGGCCCUCGGGGGACACAUCUGGAAUUGUUGCACAUAGGCUAGAUUCCCUGCAAACAGAGUUUACUUCGGAUCCCCAGCUCCCUUCUUCGGCCCUGCGGCGCAAGCCAACGCUUGCUGAUCAGUCCGCGACUCGACAGCCAACGAGGUUUCAAAGUCCUGAUCUUCCAGGGCCUAUGGAACUGGACGACAGUCUUUUUGUCGAUGGCGACAGAACUUCGGCUGUACGCGGAUCCCACUCUCCACCUAAUGACACAGCGGGCUUUAGUGCAGUCAACCCAAUGGAGAUCAUGAGACCUUCAAACGCUGCAGAAAAGGCCGUCUUUACAAAUGCCGAGCUGACACGACUGACUUCUACAUCCGUUUCGCCGCCAACGUCUCCUCCGUAUAGUGCCUCUACCCCACCCGAAGCACAUGUACAACACAACCCAGCUGUACGCGAGGCAGAGGAGGAGGACGACGACGAUGCCGACGAGUCUGACUACGACGUGGAGGGGGAUUUUGACGAAUAUAUCCAAACGUUCGAGCAACCUCCGCAAAUCGCCAUCGACGAGACUUUCACCACGGACGGUCCUUCUGACUGGUCCACCCCUGCAGGAACGACAUUGACCAAUGCCUCAAGUGGACGUACACCGGCCACUGAGAUGCUGUCUUCACCUUCCCCAGCUCCCUCGAAUAUGCUGCAACCUGACAGCAGCGCAUCUCCGCCCGAAAUAUCCUCUUCUCCCAAACCACAUCUCACAUGUGAAGAGUGUGGUCGCAUGUUCGAUCAGAUCCAUAAAUUGAACCACCACAAAAGAUACCACGAUCGCAAGCAUGUGUGUCUCUACCAAGAUUGUGGCAAGAAGUUCGGGACCAAAACGCAUCUUGACCGACACAUAAACGACAAACAUGAGAAGAAGAAGGGAUUCCAUUGCACGCAAGAGGGAUGUCAAUACUUCAAAGGCGGAAAGUCCUUCCCUCGAAAGGAUAAUUGGAGGAGACAUAUGAUCAACAAGCAUGGAAUUACACCGACAGUAGAUCCCCAACCUGCUGAGUAAGACUAGAGAAGCUUACUUAUCCGGACGCGUUCCUCUAAACAGAUAGCAACGCAAGGCAUGAACACAAGAUUGGGCACGCUCCCGAACUUGUAGCCCAU